AUGACUUCCCAAAAGUUAACAUAUGAUGAUUGUUGUUUAUUACCUAAUAUAUGUUUAAAUUCAGAACGAAUUUCUUAUCUUCUUGAAUGUCGUUUUAAAAGUAAUUCGAUUGGAGCAAGUUUUGAUUUUAAAUCAAUUCUUCCUGAAAAGCCAUCAAAUAAUGCAAAAAUUUCUCGAUCAUUUUUAAAAGUUUGCCCAAAAAAAGUAAAUCCAAUAAAUAAUAAUGAUGAAUGUAUCUCAUCUGAAUCAUCGGAAGAUGAAAUUGACCAAAUAUCUUUACCAAAAACACCAAUCAAUGCUGCUAAUGAUGAUUAUCUUAAUAGUCUUGCAGAGUGGGAACCUAAUAACUUUCAACCAAUAAUUGAAAGUGAUGAUGAAGAAGAAGAAGAAAUAGAAAUGAGAAUUGAUAUACAAACCGUUGAUAAUGAUAAUACUCACGUUGAAUACAUGGAUUUAUCAACAAUGUCUACAAGUCAAGCCGAAGAUGUUCUUAUUACAUUUAUUGAUCGUUCAAUAAAAAGUGAACCAAUGAUAUAUGAUAAUAAUAAUGAUUUUAGUUGUUCACAAUUAGAUGGACAAACAGAUUUUCUAUCCGAUAAUAAUCAUCAAGUAGAAAAACAAAAGAAUGAAAAAAAAAAUCUAGAUCAAAUUAUUGCUAAAAUAAAAUCAAAUAUUUCAAAAUCAACUCAAACUAUUGAAUUAAAUAAUGCAUCACAAAAAUUUGAUACAUAUCAAACAAAUCAUAAUAAGAAAAAGAAAACUUCUAAUCAAUCACAUCAACAAAAUAAUAAAUCAUCAACAAACAAAUUUACAUCACAAUUAUCAUUGUCUUUACUUGAAUCAAAUGAAAAAGUUAUUUAUCCAUUUGCUAAACGAAAUCGUAUCUUAUCAAAUAAUCAAAUAAUUGAUGAAAAUGUUUAUUCUCAAUACAAACAUAAUCAAAAAGUUUCUUCAUCUAUAAAACAAAAAUCAAUCGAGAAAAAUAUGAAACUAGUUCAAGCAAUAUUAAAUAAUUAUCAAAAACCAAAAUCAAUUGAUUCAAAUCCAGAUUUUAUUCAACAGAAAAAACUUCCAAUAAAUAUUACAAAAGUUUCUAAAUCAAGAAAUUUAUCCGUUGUGAAAAAUACAACGAAAACAAAACGAUUGAAUGUUAAAUUAAACCAUAAAUCACAAACUGAAACACGUUCAGCAUCAAAAAGUAAAGACAAAUUGUUAAAGGAACAUACUGGUAAAACUCUUCUAGACUAUUAUAAAGUUAUUGAACAUUCAUCUGAAAAUAAUAAUAUUCAAUGUUUUCCAGUCGUCAAACAACAAAUUAAUCGAAUGAAAUCAUCGAUUAAUAAGACAAAAGAAAGACCAACAAAUUAUUUCGAUGGAUGUAUUGUAAUUGACGAUGAUGAUGAUGAGAAGAAGAAGACAAAGAAAAAGAAGGAGAAGAAGAAGAAGAAGAAUGAUGUCAAAGAUGAUGAUAUACAAUUAAUUGAAGAACAACGUUAUUCAAUUCAUAAUAAUAUUCAUACUCGUGAAAAACUUCUUGAUCAUACUGUUGAUUCAUCAGAAAUGCGUAUUAAAUGGUUAGUUAAUCUAGAAUUAGUUUUACUCGAACAUAUUUGGGUAUGUCAUCAAGAAAAUAUUCAACCAAAAAAUGAAUUUUAUUUAAAUAAUUGUAUUAAAUAUGAAUGUGUCAAUAAUGUAUUAUCAUAUGAUAUUGAUGCAUCAUUUAUUUCAAUAAUAAUUUUAAAUUUCUUAAAAAUGUUUAUUAUUAGAAAUUUAAAUUAUGAUCAAGAUGAACUUUCAUUUUUUCAAUAUGGUUUAACAUCUCAUUUACGUUAUUUAUUAAUUGAAUUACCAACAUAUAAUCAUAAAAAUAAUAAUCAUAAGAAAUGUUUACAAUGUUAUCAAUAUUCUUCUAUAAUAAAUAUUUUAUUUGAUGUAUUAUUUGAUUUAAUUGAAUAUGAUUUAUGUGAAAUAUAUAAUAAAAAAAUAUAUCGUUCAACAUUAAUUCAAGAUGAUUAUUUUAAUCAAUUUCUUCAACAAAAAAAAAUAAUAAAAAAAAAUAAAUUUUAUCAUAUUAAAUUAGUUAUUUAUUUUAUUGAAUUAAUUGAAAUACAUAGAAAUAAAUGUCAAAAUAAAAAGGAAUUUUUUCAUAUCAAUGAAAAUGAAAUAUUUCAAUCGAUUGAAAAUUUUCUUCAACAUAUUAUUUUGAAAAUAAAUAAUUCAAAUAAUGAACGAAUUUCCAUAUGUUUUAAUAUAAUGGAAUUAUGUCUUUUAUUUGUAAAUAAAAAAGAAAAACGUAUAAAACAAAUGGCCUUAUUCUUAGCAAAAUUAUGUCAAGAACAUCCAACAUAUUUACAUCGGUUUUUGUUUGAUGAAAAUUUAUUAUCAGAUAUUCGUUUAUUAUUAAUUAAUGAAUUAAUAUGGAAGAAAUUUAAUAUUAAAUUCAUUUCAAUUGAUUCUAUAGAAGAAGUUUUUGAUCAUAUUGAAGUAAGAAGACUUUCAUUUGUUUUUGUAAAAAUUAAAAUGUUUCCUUUUUUAUUUGCAGACUGCAUUGAGAUUACGAAAUGUAAGUGUGAAAAUACAAUUCAAGAAAAGAGAAAAUAA